GGCGUGAGCGCGGGGGAGCGCGCUGCCUGCAUGCGCGCAGCUCCGGCCCCGGGCGGCCGCGGCGGCAGCGCGGGAGCCGGAGCCGGAGGCAGCCGGACGCGGAGCGGAGCGCGGAGCCCUGGAGGAGCCCCGGCUCCCCGCCGGACCGUUGUGACUGGGUAGCGCCCGGGGAAGGCGCGCGGCGAAGACGAGGACCCGACUCUUUUGAACCUCCCGGCGUCUGGGCGCGGGGAGACUCUUGGUAUUUUCUAACUCAACUCGCGGAUCGGAACGUGGCUCCCCUCCAAACGCGGCCGGUGACUUGUAGGACCCCAGCCCUGGCCUCGGCCGCCGCGCACGCCCUCGGAAGCCUCGGCGGGCUAGGAGCGCGAGCCGGCCGCGAGUGUCUCGGUGCGCGCCACGGGCGGGCCGAGGGCUGAUUGGCGGGGGGGGGGGAGGGUCCCCGGAGAACCAGUUUGGGAUUUGUCGUGAACAGCAUGGAGGAGAAUGACCCGAAGCCCAGCGAAGCGGCGGCGGCGGAGGGGCAGCGGCAGCCGGAAUCCAGCCCCGGCGGCGGCUCGGGCGGCGGCGGCAGCCCGGGCGACGCGGACACUGGCCGCCGGCGGGCUCUGAUGCUGCCCGCGGUCCUGCAGGCGCCGGGCAACCACCAGCACCCGCACCGCAUCACCAACUUCUUCAUCGACAACAUCCUGCGGCCCGAGUUCGGCCGGAGGAAGGACACGGGGACGUGCUGUGCCGGCGCGGGAGGAGGGCGAGGCGGUGGAGCCGGCGGGGAAGGCGGCGCGGGCGGCGCGGAAGGAGGCGGCGGCGCGGGCGGCGCCGAGCCCCUCCUGGGGUCUGGCCGAGAGGCCCGGCAGAACGCGCCCAGUGCGCCCGCACCGCUGCCCGGCGGCGGCGGCGGCGGCGACUCUCCGGGCGACGGGGAAGGCGGCUCCAAGGCGCUCUCGCUGCACGGCGGCGCCAAGAAAGGCGGCGACGCCGGGGCCCCCCUGGACGGGACGCUCAAGGCCCGCGCCUUGGGCAGCGGCGACCUGUCGGUGAGCUCGGACUCGGACAGCUCGCAGGCCAGCGCCAACCUGGGCGCGCAGCCCAUGCUUUGGCCGGCCUGGGUCUACUGCACGCGCUACUCGGACCGGCCUUCUUCAGGUCCCAGGUCCCGCAAACCAAAGAAGAAGAACCCCAACAAAGAGGACAAGCGGCCCCGCACGGCCUUCACGGCGGAGCAGCUGCAGCGGCUCAAGGCCGAGUUCCAGACCAACAGGUACCUGACCGAGCAGCGGCGCCAGAGCCUGGCGCAGGAGCUCAGCCUCAACGAGUCGCAGAUCAAGAUCUGGUUCCAGAACAAGCGGGCCAAGAUCAAGAAGGCCACGGGCAGCAAGAACACGCUGGCUGUGCACCUCAUGGCCCAGGGCCUGUACAACCACUCGACGACCGCCAAGGAGGGCAAGUCGGACAGCGAGUAGGGCGGGCGGGCGCCGGGCCGGCAUCCGUUGGCGCUAAGCAAUGCAAUAAUUUAAAAUCAUAAAGGGCCAGUGUAUAAAGAUUAUACCAGCAUUAAUAGUGAAGAUAUCGUGUAUUAGCUAUGGUUCUGCAAUAUUCUAUGUAUAUAUAAUUUACAGGUGGUGUAAAAUCCAAAAUAUCUGACUAUAAAAUAUUUUUGAGUUUUCCAGUGUUUAUGAGAUUAUGCUAAUUUUAUGAUUUUUUUUUUUUUUUUUUGCGGAGGGGGCUGCUUAGGGUUUCAUCUUUUCUAAUCCCCUAGGCUCCGUUGUGGGACUUGGGACACUUUUAUUUUUUAAUUUCAAAAGAAGAAAAAAAUUAAAACAACUUGCUGAAGUCCAAAGAUUUUUAUUGCUGCAUUUCACGGGACUGUGAACCGAAUAAAUAGCUCCUACUUGGUCUCUGA